CGGAAGUUGUUUAAGGCGCUCAGAGGUCAGCAGAAUUUGCUUUAGUUUGACUUCACAAAGAUGCGUUUAUUUGUCCUCAUGUGGUUUCAACUUCUACUUCUUCAGGCUGAAAAAAGUAGAGAGAGGAAAAAUGUUCUGUUCAUUAUGGUUGAUGAUCUACGGACAUCACUGGGCUGCUAUGGAGACCCUCUGGUAGUGUCACCAAACAUUGACCAACUGGCAUCCAAAAGCCAAGUUUUUCUCAAUGCCUAUGCACAGCAAGCAGUCUGUGCUCCCAGUCGUACAUCAAUGUUAACAAGUCGCAGACCAGACACAACCAGACUUUAUGAUUUCAACUCGUACUGGAGAGCCCAUGCUGGAAACUACACUACCCUGCCACAGUACUUUAAAUCUAAUGGGUACUUCACCAUGUCUUUGGGGAAGGUGUUUCAUCCAGGCAUAGCAUCUAACCACACUGAUGACUACCCCUUCAGCUGGUCUGUUCCUCCGUACCACCCUCCCUCCAACAAAUUUGAGAAAGAAAAGAUGUGUAGAGGAGAGGAUGGUAAACUGCACGCCAAUUUACUGUGUGCAGUGAACGUAACGGAGCAGCCUGGGGGAACCCUCCCAGACCUGGAGAGCACAGAGGAGGCAGUGAGGAUAUUGAAGAGCCGGACCCAUAAUGACACCCCCUUCUUCCUGGCUGUGGGUUUUCACAAACCACACAUACCUUUCAGGAUACCACAGGAGUACCUGAGCCUGUAUUCCAUAGAACAAAUGACUCUGGUGCCUGACCCAGAUGUUCCCAAACGUCUUCCACCUGUGGCUUACAACCCUUGGACUGAUGUGAGGAAGCGAGAUGAUGUCCAAAAACUGAAUAUUAGCUUUCCAUAUGGUCCUAUUCCAAAAGACUUCCAGCUGCUUAUCCGUCAACACUACUACUCUGCUGUGUCUUAUGUGGACACUCAGGUUGGACGGCUGCUCAGUGCUCUGGAUGAGCUCGGUCUGGCCAACAGCACUAUGGUGGUGUUCACAUCAGAUCAUGGUUGGUCUUUAGGUGAGCACGGUGAAUGGGCAAAAUACUCUAAUUUUGACGUUGCCACAGGCGUUCCUCUUAUCUUCUAUGUUCCUGGCAUCACCACCGAUGGCACUUGGCUGAGAGGGUCAACGUUCCCUUUUGUUGAUGCCUUAAGCAGGUCACAGCAGAGCUUCCAGAACGACAAAGUUAUCAGAAAUGUUGUAGAAUUAGUGGAUGUCUUUCCCACCGUGUCCCACUUAGCUGGUCUAAGAACACCCAGACAUUGUCCUGAAGUUUCUUUCCAGAAGGAGCUGUGCACAGAGGGAAAAAACCUGGCACACACAUUCUGGCAGAGAGAGACCCAAAGGCUGCAUGAAGCCAUAUCCUAUAGCCAGUACCCGAGACCUGCUGACACCCCACAGGAAAACUCUGACCUUCCUGACCUUAAGGACAUAAAAAUCAUGGGCUACUCCAUCCGCUCCUGGGACUACAGGUACACUCUCUGGCUGGGAUUCAACCCCAAAACAUUUCAGGUCAACAUGUCUGAUGUCCAUGCUGGAGAGCUGUACAUCUUAGAAGAUGACACCGGCCAGGACAACAAUGUCUACAAUGAGAGUGAGCACCAUGUGAUGAUGAGGAAGAUGGCCAGCCUUCCUCAUACUAUGUCUCUGCAGAAGAGACUGAGUCUGCAGCUCGUCUACUUCACAUCGGGGAUGAAAACGAGCAGGAAGGUGUGACGGUGAGACUGCGGCACAACAGAUGGACAGAUGGAGAUGAGUAG